AUGGCUAACUUAAGAACCCAAAAGAGAUUAGCUGCUUCCGUUGUCGGAGUUGGUAAGAGAAAGAUCUGGUUAGACCCUAACGAAACCAGUGAACUCGCCAGCGCUAACUCGAGACAAGCCAUCAGAAAGUUGUACAGAAAUGGUACCAUUGUCAAGAAGCCAGCUGUUGUUCACUCUAGAUCUAGAGCUAGAGCCUUAAAGGAAAGCAAGAGUUUAGGUAGACACAUGGGUUACGGUAAGAGAAAGGGUACUGCCGACGCCAGAAUGCCAGCCCAAGUUUUGUGGAUGAGAAGAUUGAGAGUGUUGAGAAGAUUAUUGGCUAAAUACAGAGAUGCUAAGAAGAUCGACAAGCACUUAUACCACUCGUUAUACAAAUCUGCCAAGGGUAACACCUUUAAACACAAGAGAUCAUUAGUCGAACACAUCAUCCAGGCCAAGGCUGAAGCUUUGAGAGAAAACUCCUUGAAGGUUGAAGCUGAAGCUAGAAGAUCCAAGAACAAGGCUGCUCGUGAAAGAAGACAACAAAGAGUCGCUGAAAAGAGAGAAGCUUUCUUGAACGACAACUAA